AUGAUGUAGGAGAAUAGUAAUUUAAUGCCUGUUGAUGAAAUCUGGAAAUAAUUGAGUAAAGUAACGACAACUGUAAAUAGGAAUGUGAAAAGAAUGUCUAAAUUAUUAGAUCAACUUAUUACUCAUACACUUUCUAAUGAUGGUGAUUAUUUAUAAAUACCUUAAAGGAAGGUAGAUAAUCAUAUUAAAGAAAGAGAGAAAUAUGCAAAAGAUUAUAAAUAAUGUGUACUUCGUGAAUUGAAUAUAAAAUUGAAUUGGAUUAUAACAAGUUAGAAAAACAUUUGUAAUAAAUGUUAAAUGAUUUGUAAAACUAGAAAAGGUUACUUACUUCAUUUUUUAUAAAAACAUUGUGAGUACAAAUUCUAUUUUUGUAUAAAAUGUUAUGAUAAAUUUAAUAAUUUUAAUAAAUUUAAAUAGCAUUUAUGCAAUAAUCAUGAUGAAAUAAUGAUAUUUUAAGUGACAGAAUAAAUAUAAUAAUUAAUAGAUCAUGGAGCAAGAGAAAUAUCUAAAGAGUGA